CAUGGAUUUCGUUCGCCCUCGGUUCGAAAGCUAUUCCAGCCAGGACUAUGCUUGGGGUAAACUCUUUGCUGGCUAUGACUUUCCAGUUCGCAUGGAUUUCGUUCGCCCUCGGUUCGAAAGCUAUUCCAGCCAGGACUAUGCUUGGGGUGAACUCUUUGCUGGCUAUGACUUUCCAAUUCGGUAAUAUCAUCCGAAAUCUGCCUCGAGUGUCCUACGUUAAGGCUAUAGAUGUCUGGAUGCUAUCCUGCAUGACGUUUGUGUUCUGUUCACUUCUCGAAUUGGCCUGGGUAGGAUACCUAUCUCGAGAAGAAGAAUAUAGCCCACCACCAUCGGCAGCACCAAUACCCAGCAAAGCUCUGCCGAUUCCUCCUUUAACAUCGAAUAAAACCACACCAGUAGCUCCACCAACUCCCAGUCACCAGGUUCAUAGUGCAAUGAGCACUCUGCACAGAAGAAAUCCAGCUCACGAGGAGGAAUCGGCGUUGAUCUCCUUGCGCGACAACGACUACGGCUACAUUCCACCUGGAUUUGGGCUUAAUGGGAAUAUUGCCAACGCUGUACGAUCUUUGGGGGCCAGCAUAGAAGAAGAUGUUGGCGAUGGAUAUGCUUAUCUCUAUCACAAUGGCAUAAUUUUAGUGUUAAAUAUAAUGUGAUA